AGUUGCAUGUAGACGAUGUAGACCAUGUUGACGAAACGUCAUUAUCGUUUCAUCCGUUUCAUCAUUGCCGUUUAGUUGUCGCUACGGUCGCUUUGGUUAUAUUUCUUUUUCUAUAUCACUUGGGACUGAGUGUAGAAGUAAUACCAUUCACAAUCAUUUUUUCGCAUUAAGUACAAAAUUUAUGGCGCAGACAACAAAUACUGUGAUCACUGGUAACCGAUAAUCGCAGGAACGUACCUGGCAUAUAACGUCAGAUCCUGUAGUGGUUUUGUAGAAAAAUGGAGGACUGAAGAUACGGAAAGCUGGGGCUUUGUUCCAGUUAUUUCUAGUUUUGUUAGAUACAUCUGAAGCAUAUUUGUAGUUCCCCAAAUCGUUCUGUGUAUUUUAUAAAAACUAAAAAUCAUGUCCACUCCAGCAAGGAGGCGUCUAAUGCGUGAUUUUAAGAGACUUCAGGAAGAUCCGCCAACUGGUGUGAGUGGUGCGCCUACAGAUAACAACAUAAUGAUAUGGAAUGCUGUGAUAUUUGGACCUCAUGAUACGCCGUUUGAAGAUGGCACCUUUAAGCUUACGAUAGAAUUUACAGAAGAGUAUCCUAACAAACCCCCAACAGUGCGAUUUGUUUCAAAAAUGUUCCAUCCCAAUGUGUAUGCAGAUGGGGGAAUAUGUUUAGAUAUUCUGCAAAAUAGGUGGAGUCCUACAUAUGAUGUUUCAGCUAUUUUGACUUCUAUACAGUCUCUCUUGGAUGAACCGAAUCCAAACUCUCCAGCUAACUCACUGGCAGCACAGUUAUAUCAAGAAAAUAAAAGGGAAUAUGAAAAGCGUGUAGCUACAGUCGUGGAGCAGUCAUGGCUGAACUUCCAAGAGACACGGGAUGAAUCAGCAGAUGAGACCAACAGACAGUAGAACAUCCAGAACACAAGUGUUAGAACAGCAAUCCCGCAUGCAUUUCCAUGCAUACACUGCUAAGUUGCAUCUCAGCAUAAAUACAUGGACAGUGGCAAGAGACAGACGUGAAACAGCUUUUUGGGUGGUGUUUGAAACGGAACUGUGAUUAAUGAACUCUGAAGUAAAAUUUCAUAGUUUGUUGGUACUCUUUCAUUAAGAAAUGUAAUAUUGAUAUUUCUUAAGUCUGAUAACUUUUAUUUCCCCCAACAUUCAACUUCUGUUGAUAGUUACAUCAACAGAAGAACCAGUGAGUGAGAUAAGUGUGGACUGACAGAUGAAUGAUGUUCUGUUUCCUCCAUCUCUUUACAUUAUGCCAGUUACCAACAUUCCCCAUCCUUCUCUUAUGACUAGUAAUGUCAUGAGGCUCCAAAGGUAUAAAUACCAUAUUAGUAUGGCUGUAUUGUAACAAGCCUUGAAGUGCACAUUUCAAAUCUGAAACAUUUAUGCACUCCUGUUUUGCUUGUGCAGACUGUACAGAAUUCUGAGACUAUUUUUAUGACUUCUGAAAUGAACAAAGGGCAUAUUAAAGUAUCUUUAGUGUCCUGUCGCAUUAAACUGUAUUGUAAGUGCAAGGAAGUGAUAAGCUCUUUGUUUCACAGGGUAGUCAAGUGAUCUUGCAAUACUGCUUGCCAAUGAACCCCGGAAUCAUUGUUUAUUAUAACUGAUUCAGUAACAGAAUUUCAAUAUUAAAAUUAUAUUCUCAAGUUGACAUCUUGUUCCUUCAGAUGAAAUUUGUAAGAUGUGAUUUCACUUUUUAAAUUUUGAAAAUUGUUUUUAACCAUAGUGAUGCAUGCCAUUUUUCACAUCAGUUCAUUUGGACAUAAAAAUGAAUUUAAUUUUUAAUAAUGUGUCUUGCAGGUAAUGGAAAUUUAAGCAGCUUAUGUUAAGUAUAGAUUUAACUUGGCACCAGGACAGCUGGCAUUUGAGUCCUGGCAGGGUCAAGAGAUUUUUCUUUACCCCACAGCAUCGAGACUAGCUUGGGGGCCCACCCAACCUCCUAACCAAUGGGUACUAGGGGCUCGCCUCCCAAUGAAAAUUUGGCCAGUGGAUGAAGCUGACCACUUCCAUCAAGUGCCAAGGUCAAGAAUGGUGGAACUUUACCUUCACCUUGUCUAGAUUUAGGUUACACUACAAUUCAGUUGUUUACCAAAUGUGACCCAGUUUCACCAAAAUGAGAAGCUGUUUCCUUCAUUAAGGUCAGUGGAUCUUUAUCUAUAGUCUACACUGCAAGUGUAUAAGUUACUCAGAACCAUUACUAUGCAGUCAGGCAUUAUGCUGUUGCACAUGAAUAAUUUAUUUUUGAUAACAAGCCACUUCUCAUCAACAUUUACUGUGUUGCUGACAUCACAAUUAUAAAAAUACAUUGUAGGAAUGAUAACUUGUAAACUGUAACACAUGUUCAGGUGGUAAAACAUGGACUAAUUAGUGCCAUUUAUGCAUUUAAAAAUGGCGUAGCAAUGUAAGCUCAAGGUACUAACUCAUACAGUUUUUUAUGUGAAAUGUGGCACAUCAGGUUCACUGACAAAAUCAUGAGAUAUGCCUGUCAGAAGGUCCAUUACAUAUUACGAACGAGAUAUAGCUAGUUUGGCUUCCUCUGAGCUAAUUGUAGCAUAUUCUCUGAAGAGUUUUGAAUCAUAAGAAUGUGUCAAUAAUUAUAAUUCGGAUUGCAUGAUUGUGACUUGCUGGUGUAGUAGUAUAGGUCCCUCUUUCUGUUGCAACAUGUUACAAACUCUAUAAAUUGAAGGCCCUGGCACAGUAAUUAAAAAAAUAUAUUCUUAUAUGGCACACAUUUGACAAGUUUUAUUUUUCUGAGUAUGUAUGAAUUUGGCUAAAAAAAUAAAUAAUUUAA